AGGUCUUUUCUUUUCGCACUGUAAACCCUUCAAAAUUCUCCAUCGUAUCUCUCAUCUCACACUCAAACUCAAGAGAUUUGAAUAUCUCAUCUCUACAGUCUCUGUAUAAUACAAAUGCAAAUUAGAGGAAAAUAUAAGUUAAAAGACAAACACAUUGAAUUCUGACCUGAAAAAUUUUAUGGGAAAAUCGUUUCCCAAUAACAAAACCAGACUGCAUCAUAGUUCCUGAACAAAACUUCAACAAAACAAUCAAAGCCCACUUCCAUCGCACCCCAAACUCGACUCGACAAGUUCAAGAACAUGGAGAGCACCAGCGAGCAGCCGAAUAUCAACAACGGUAACGCGACCACCCGCGUGCCGUUAUCGAAAGUUGUCUCGGAUUGUGUGAAGCGGUGGUUUAAGGAUACGCUUAAAGAAGCGAAAGCUGGUGACGUGAACAUGCAGGUGUUGGUGGGGCAGAUGUAUUAUAGCGGUUAUGGGGUUGCAAGAGACACCCAAAAGGGAAGAUUGUGGAUGACAAGAGCAUCGAGGACUCGAGCCUCUGUUUGGAGAGUUAGUGAUAAGCAUCCAGGUUAUAAUGCCAGUGAUUCGGAUUCAGAUGAAUUGGAAGGAGAAUCUUAAAUGCUGAAUUAGGCUUCAUUUCCAAAACAAUGAUCUGGUGGAUUUGCUCUCUACCAGUUCUUCAACAUCUUAAAUGUGCCUGUGACAUUCUUCUUCUUUCCUGCCUUUUUUUCUCAGUUAGUUUCUACCAAAUGAAACAUUGUAACUUUGUAAACAAUUUAUUCAGUUUCUUUAAACCAUGUUAGUUGUACUUUUACAGGCAACAAUAUUUUGAGGUUUACAUUUUUUUUUCUA